AUUCAUCCCCAUGCCCUGAUUGAUCCCCACCCACCACUUCCCAUCUUCCAGCUCCCAUUUCUCCUUUGCUUUUACUAAUCACCCAAACUCUACACUACACUCCAAUCUUUGUUCUCCACUUUCACUUCCACUCUCCCUCUCUCUAAAGUCAUUCUUCACUUCUCUCUCUAGAAAAUCACAAGUCAUUCAUUCACCAUGUUUGAUGACUCUGUAUCUACUGUGUAUUCUUCAAUCUGGACAUCCAUGAAUAGCUGGUUCACUCCCACUGUCCUUUUUGUUCUUCUCAAUGUUAUGAUUGCUACCAUUGCUUUUACUUCUUCUUUAGCUAACCAAAAACCAAAUCACCCUCCCAAACAAGAACAACAACAACAACGUCAACAAGAACAAGAUUACUCACAAAAUCAGUCACAACAACAACAACAAGAGCAACAACCUUAUAAACUCACUAGAUCUCCUUCUAUUCUUCAACGCAUCAAAUCCAUAAAUUUCUAUAACUAUAGAUCUCAAGAACCUGUUAAAGAUUACAACUUUGACAAUCCCCAUAAUCAAGAAACUACCUUUGAACCACAAACACAUUACAUUUUCGAAGCAGCUCCAGAACAUACUACCAUAGUACCAGAAACAACGCAGUAUAUUUUCAACCAAUCCCAUCAUGAAAAUGCUCAAAAAACACAAACCCAGUACGAUUUCCAUCAAACCCAUCUAGAGAAUCUCCCAGACGCACAAACCCAGUACCUUUUUCAACACACCCACGAACAAGAACUCAAAAAUAUGGAUCAAGAUUUCAACUUUCAGCAAACCCAUCAAGAAAAUAUUCAAGAGAAAUCGACCCAGUACAUUUUUCAACACACCCAUGAACAAGAACUUGAAAAUAUAGACACCCAUUUCGAUUUUAAGCAAACCCAUGAAGAAAAUGAGGUAGAAGAAGAGGAAGAAGAAGGUGAGUUGAAGAGCUUGGAUGAAGUGUACAGUCAGUUAAAGGAACGUCACGUGAGUAGGAGCAGAUCAGAUACAAAUCCAUCGGCUGGUGAAGCUCCAAUAAAGUUGCCGACGAAGAUGAAGAAAUCAGCAAGCAUGAAAUCUCCAUUUGCACAUUUUGAAGAGGAGACCAUUGUUGAAGCUCGCCGGCCGGCAACUACAAGGGAAAGGAAUGUUAAGACUAACAAUGGAGACAUUAACGAAGUUGAUGCGAAAGCAGAUGAUUUCAUCAACAAGUUCAAGCAACAGUUGAAAUUACAGAGGUUGGAUUCAAUUCUCAGGUACAAGGAGAUGAUUGGUAGAGGGAGCUGAAAGGUAUAAAUUUCUGUUUUUCUUGGGUUCAAUUUGCAAUUUCUGGUUAGUUUUGGGGCUGUUGUAGAAAUUGGAAAAAGUAAGAUGGUGAUGGGAUCUAAUGCAAAUCCAACUGUUGCAACAUUUUGGUCAAUGUCUUGUCUUUUGGCAUUUGAUAAAUCAUGGGUUUGUGGAUGGGCAUUUUAGUAAUUUUACUGCUGCAUUGCCAAUUUAUGGUUUGCAGUGUCUGAUAAUGUGGAGAAAGACUUUUCUUUGGGUGGCAAACUAUAGAUUGGCUAAUGUUCGAGGGCUCAUUAUGUUGUUAGAGCUAAUUACAGUUUACCGUGAAUUUAGUCCACAUUUUAAAACUCUCUGUUCAAAUAGGUCAUCUUUUUAAACUUUUCUUCAACAAAUGUCCCCAAAGAAUCUCCAUUUUUUCUGGUUGUUAAUGUACUUUUGGGAGUUUUAUUGUUC